UCUGAUUGGUCGGCCCAAGAGUGACGCAUUCCAUACGCGACUCAAUGUGCAAUGUAUUGUAUACAUGAUGCUAACUGCGCUGCAGGUUGAGAGGAUCAAACAGCUAAACAUCGUCUCUUGAAUUUAAAGUACAUUAUUCUCCAGGCAGUAGACGUGGUGGACGUUAAUGAGAGCAUAGUUCAUCCCACUCCGACGUUUCAAUGAGGCAGUAACGGAGUUGUUCAGGUUGUCAAUCACUCUGCUGAAGAAGCCACCAGAGGACAUCAGAGUAGGCUUUGAAAAUCCUUUUCCGGUGUGGGUGAGCAUCCAAUAAGUCCACAGUGGCUCAGCUGGCCACAUCUGACUUGAAGUAUCAAGGGAAUCUACAUCCUUUUCUUAAAGGGACAUUAGAGACGAUGGACCAUGGCCUGGACGAAAUAGCAAUCUGUUUCAGCUCUGCUGCACACGAGCUGUCGGACUUAGAUCUGCCUUUCCAGCGGCUGAAAAGAUACCCACAACGCUCUCAUGUGACCCUCCAUCGUCCACUCUAACAAACCUUUUCCUAGAUGCAUCGGACACAGAGCCACCGAGGCAAAGCAAAAUACCUCAAGAAAAAAAAGGGAUUCCUGUCUUCAGUCAAGGGAGUUUCUCAUCUCUCCAGGCGAGCCAAAAGACGCAUGUGUUGUAAAUUGCAGCUUUGGAUGUGGAGAAAGCGGAGGGAGAAAUUUCGUUUUGGGUUUUUCAGAGCAAAGAAAAGACCUUGUGGAAUCAGCUCUGACCCUUGCGACGGUGUAGAGACCCAAUCACAGCAAAAUAAAAGCAAAGUCCCAAUGUACCACACACCAAACCUAGAAGAUUCAGUCAGAGCAUCCGUUCUUGUGUCACCUCUCGGAUGUGAUACUGGAGAUUCAGACUCGCUCGGAGGACAGAGUUCCCCGCUGAAGCUUUGUCACUCUGUCAGUCUGUCAGAAAAGUUGAUCGCUUCCAAUUCCAUGCACAACCUGGUUAUGGACACAAAUGUUUCUGCGAGUGACAACGGUCAAAUCGUGCCCGCAGCAACGCUGCCGUCUCAGAAAACUGAAACGUAUGCACAACUCAGUGGAAUUACAGACCCUUUACAACUUUGUCACACUGUCAGACCCCCGCUGAGUACAGACAGCGAUGCGUGUGUGUUAACGGCACGUGUUAAAGAAGCGAGGACAAUGGUACCAGUUCAAAGGCUCGAGGUCGACGGCCCAUCGGGACAAUUCACAACUGUCCCUCCAGGUCAGGACCAGGCUACAGAUAGAGACACCGAUGAGAGAAUCACCAGUGAAAAGACUUCUCAAACUGAUAUCAGCACACUGAGAAAAGAAAUCCACGAAUUUCUUGAGGACUUCUACAGAAUAUAUGGAUGUUUCAUCCCAUUACACAAGAGAGACGUGUUGAGACAUCUGGAGAGGAAGCUCAACACUGAUUUCAGCGACAGGAAAAAUGUCAUCUUCUCAGAAGUUAUCAAAUACCGAACUGCCAUUGUUCAGAAGCCUGUUCCCUCCUUCCAGGUGGUCUACAAGAAACACACACUGACACUGGAUGACUUGUCAACACUGGCAGAUCAGAACUGGCUCAACGACCAGGUCAUGAACAUGUAUGGGGAAUUAAUUCUGGAAGCUGCCCACCACAAGGUCCAUUUUCUCAACAGCUUCUUCCACAGGCAGCUCAUGACUAAAGGCUAUGACGGUGUUAAGAGAUGGACAAAGCAGGUGGAUUUGUUUUCAAAGAGUUUGCUCUUGGUGCCCAUCCACCUGGAGGUUCACUGGUGUCUGGUGACAGCUGACAUUGACAAAAAGAAGAUCUGCCUUUACGACUCUCAAGGAAACGCACUCCAGAAGGUUGCAAGGAACAUUCUGAAAUACUUGAUGACCGAAGCAAAGGAGAAGAAGCACACCGAUUUUGAAAGCGGUUGGGGAGUGUCAUACGAUGAGAUAAUCCCACAGCAGACCAAUGAAAAUGACUGUGGAGUUUUUGUCUUGGAGUACUGUAGAUGCCUUGCUCUGGCAAAACCGCUGCAGUUUUCACAGCGGGACAUACCAAAAAUACGCAAGAGGAUCUACAGAGAGCUCUGUGACUGUAAGCUCCAUGAGCAGGCCUGACGCCUGUCUUUCAGUAGUGUGUAUGUAUUGCUGAUAAUAUGUUGCCGUUUCUGAUGAUGGUGGGAAAUCAGAGCAGAAGCUCUUCAACAGCCUUCCAGCACUGCGAGUGCCAUGGCCGACCCUGUAGUAGUGUCUUAUAUCAGGUGCGCUGGCCAUGCUGAAUCUUUGUAUGAUAACUGUAUUCAUAUGAUCAGUAAUUAAACAGGAAUGUUUUUAAAGAAAACUAUCUUCAUGUUCCUCUUAGACUUUGAGAGUUUACACAGCUACAGUGCACCAACAGAGCCUUCCCGAACGGACUGCCUCUCUGAGUGGAUCUCAUCUGUCGGGGUCCGUGUCUAAGUGUGUUACUUACUUUCUGAUAUCUGCUCUCCUCAUUUGCACAUUUUCUUAGUCUAGUUUUGCUUCGUGCGAUAUUUGUUUGCAUCAUAGUUUACCUGUAAGCACCAGAUGAAUAAAUAGAGGCCAUUUCUUAUUUUGUUUGUAAAGAAAGUGAAGUUGUCCCACUGGAAUCGUUUGUUUGCAGAACGGGAUUGUGAAGUUGUUAAUGAAACCAGACGAUUUGCAAACAUUUCAAGAAUUUUAUUUUAUGUUUUCAUUUACAGAUCAGGUUUUGUAUGGACUGUAAACAGAAUAGCCUUCAUCAUUUAGAUGAGGGUAAAUGGAUAUUUGUAAAUACACAUCUUCCUAGCUAUAGACAGGUAUGUUAUUCAUAUACAGUAGAUGAUAACUAUGUGAGUGAGUCCCUGAACAGUUAUAAAACAUACACGGAUCAGAAAGCAGUGCCUCAGAUAAAAAGGAAAUUUAAUGUUCAAGAAAGACUAAUUUUGUAGUUUUCAGAAUGGGAACCAGAAAAAAUGUAUAAUUAAUAAUAAAUAUGGUGCAAUAUUAUUAACUCAUAGCAUGAUUUUUCUAAUAUUUUUUAAAAAUCUACUCCAGUGUGACCCUCUACUAGACUAAGUUUAAUGCAGUUCAUCAUAUACACAUUCAGGGGCCUAAUCGUUGACGUGGAAUCCCCACACUCAAUUUCUGGUUCAUCGUCGAGACGAAUCACGAGGUAGGACACCAGCUGGAAGAAGUUCUGCCACAGGCCCAAGAGGAGGUACAGAUGGAGAUCGCUCACGUCCAUUUAGCAGUGUGUCCCUGUGUAAUCUCAGAACUGUUCACGUAGUUGAAGAAGCCUGCGUUCAUCGGGUCCGAGGCACAUUCAUACACAUCGUUCUCGCAACUGGAGGGAGACAUGGGACAGAAGGGUUGUAGAACAAAAGGAAAGGAAAAUGCACCAUGUACAACAUAAUUGUAGAGUUAGGGCCAGCUCUGGCACUGAACGGUCCCAAACAAGCUGUUAUCUGUCACAAGGGACACUGGUUCAGGCCUAGUGGUGGUCGACUAUUCUUAAAGCUAUGAAGAAAGACAAAGUCGUGGGAAAUGUAAACAUACCUGUGGUAUUGUGCUGUAAAUGUCUGAAUGUGUUGAAAAUGACAGCAUUAUUUUGGGGAUUAUUAAAGUCUUGGGAGGAGCAGAAACCAGCUCGAAAGACAUCACCUUUUCAGAUGUCUUUUUCAACAUACUAUACUAUGACUUUUUUCGACAUAUUAUACCAUAACUUUUUAAAAUUAUUUUGACAUGCUAUACUUUGACUUUUUUAUGACUUUUUCUCUACAUGGUAUACUAAUGACAUAUUUUAAACUUCGACAUAAUAUACUAUGACUUUUUUUGGACAUACAAUACUUUGUCGAAAUACUUUACGAUGAAUUUUUGCAACACAAUAUACUAUGACUUUUUCACAAACUGGUACGAGGGACAGUCUUUCCCCAUAAAGCAGUACAUAAAGCAAUUUGGAUAUCACCUAAUCACAUUACAGAAAACCAGAUUGACCACAUAAGAAUAAACCGAAAGUUCAGGCAUUCUCUUCUUGAUGUACAAGUGAAGAGGGGAGCAGACACUAGGUCACCUACUGACAGCAAAAAUACAACCCAAGCUGCAGCAAUGUAACAACUCCGGAGGCACUAGAGUCAAAUUCAAUAUCAAACUAUUCCAGGACAUAGAAACAACUAAAAUGUACCAGAUCACCUUAAAAAACAGUUUCCAAAUUUUAUUUUAUGUUUUCAUCGUACACAUCAGGUUCUGUAUGCACUGCAUGCAGAAUAGCCUUCAUCAUUUAUAUUAGGGUACAUUUAUAAAUACACAACUUCCUAGCAACAGACAGGUAUUCUAUUCAUAUCCAGUAGAUGAUAACUGUAUGCGAGUGUGUCCCUGAACAGUU